AUGGAAGCAGUGACCUUUGAGGAUGUGACUGUGACCUUCACCAUGGAGGAAUGGGCUUUGCUAAGCCCAUCCCAAAAGAAGCUCUACAGAGAUGUGAUGCAGGAAACCUUUAGGAACAUGGCUACUAUAGGAGGAAACUGGGAGAACCAACAAAAUGAAGAAGAGUACAAAAAUUUAUGGAGAAAUCUAAGGAGUCAUUGUCUAAGACAUGAAAGAACUCACACUGAGGAUAGGAGACCUUUUGUAUGUAAGCAAUGUGGGGCAGCUUUUGUUGCACACAGUCUUUACCAAAGACAUGAAAGAAUUCAUACUAGGGAGACACCCUAUGUAUGUGAGCAAUGUGGGAAAGCCUUUACUGCUAGAGGUUCAUUGAGUAGAUAUAAAAGAAUUCACACAGGGGUGAAACCCUAUGUAUGUGAACAAUGUGGGAAAGCAUUCAGUACACAAAGUUAUUGUCAAAUACAUAAAAGAAUUCAUAAAGGGGAAAAACCUUACGUAUGUAAGCAAUGUGGAAAAGCUUUUAUUACUAGCAGUUCCUUGUAUAGACAUGAAAGAAGUCACACUGGGGAGAAACCCUUUGUAUGUAAGCAAUGUGGGAAAGCAUUCAAUAGAUUAAAUACAAACAAGUAUUGUCAAAUACAUGAAAGAAAUCAUACUGGGGAAAAAACCUAUAUAUGUAAACAGUGUGGGAAAGCUUUCAGUACAAACAAGUAUCAUCAAAUACAUGAAAGGACUCACACUGGGGAAAAACCCUAUACAUGUAAACAAUGUGGGAAAGCUUUCAGUACAAGCAAGUAUUGUAAAACACAUGAAAGAACUCACACCAGGAGAAAACUAUGUAUAUAA